AUGGGCUUAGCCUAACAACUCCCCUCAAACAUAAAUUGGGAAGUUUCACAAAGAGCCCUUUUCAAGACUUGAUUGAGAGAGCUCAAGAACAAUACUCUUAAUCCCAAUUCUCUCUAAGCAAAUUAGAGAUCUUUUUACCUAAGAGUAGAGAGUUAUCUAGCCAUGUUAGGGAAGUCAUCGAAACCGGUGAUCGGAAUUCUCACCGGAUCGUUAGUUUCCGGCAAUAGGGCCGGGCAAGGGGACGUUGCCGUUAGCCCAAGCAGUCACUUGGAGGCCAAGAAUCAAUCUCCUAGAGGUCUUAAAAGCUUUGAUUUUGGUGGGGUGGGGUUAGGUAUAGUGGCCGCGCUAGACGGUGGGAGGAAUGAAAUUCCGGCAAGUAAGGCCUUAUUUGGCCGGAACUUGAGUCGAUCCAAUCCGAUUCCGGUGAAUUCGCCGAGGGAUUCAUGGAGAAGUACUAGGAGAGGUUCGGAGGAAAUGGAGAUGGAGAGUUUGGAGGAGUACACUAUUGUGACGUGCCACGGCCCGAACAAGUCUAGUACCAAGGUGUAUUCCAAUGGGGUUGAGAGAGGGAGAAAAGGUGAUGAUAGAACCCCUUUUAGAAUAAAAAGCAGCAACGGCGGCAGCGUUUUUCACAUAUCUCCGGCGAGAUUCGGGGACGUCGCCGGAAUCCCGGCCUCGGAUUUUCUCAACUCAUGCAAUUUGUGCCACAAGAAACUCCACGGCAAAGACAUUUACAUGUAUAGGGGGGAGAAAGCUUUCUGCAGCGCAGAGUGCAGGUAUAGGCAAAUGGUGAUGGAUGAGCGGAAGGAGAAGUGCAGCUCCGAGGCCACAAGGCCAGCCGAGGUUGCGGGCUCACCCUACGCUACCGGCCAGAUGUUCACCGCCGGAAUUCUUGCAGUUUAGUGCUAAUUAACGCAUAAACGAAGUUGGAUGGCCAUAUAUAUAUAUGUUUAAUCAGAUGAGUAGAUUAUAGAAAUAAACUCCGGAAUAUAACACCCUUAUACAUAUGAGAAAUAGCUCAAUAUAAUUGGAGCUUCUUUUCAUUUCCAUCUCUCUUUUUUAUUUUAUCAAUUUUGUUGAACAUGACGGAAUUAAUUAACAUCAAUGAGAAUUCUGAACUCUGAUUAUCAUUUCA